ACAACAGUGAGAGGCCCGCGUACCACAAAAAAAAAAAAAAAUUAAUUUCUUGAUGCCUAUCUUUCUAGAUAGCUUUUUCUCAAAUGGGAGUAUGCCUACGAGUUUACCCAAAGAAUGUAUUAAAAGUCAGAUGCCUGGGACCAAACUCUGAAUUCUGACUUCUGGGACUUCCCUGGCGGUCCAGUGGUUAGAACUCUGUUUUCACUGCUGGGGCCCAGGGACUGGGCACGGGUUCAAUCCCUGGUCGGGGAACUAAGAUACCCCAAGCUGAGCGAUGCAGCCAAAAAAAAAAAAAAAAAAAAACUUAAAAAAAAAAAAGAGUUCCGAUUUCUGCUCUAAACCUUUCUCUUUAGGAAAAUUAAAAAAAAGUGUGUGUGUAUGUGCGUGCGUUUCAUAAAAAUGGAACCAUAAACUACAUACCAGUUUAUAACCUGCCUUUUUUUCCUUCCUAACAAUGGAUUAGGAAUGUAGCUUCCUUGUCAAUGAAUUUAUUUCAAGCAUAUUUUCUACAACUCUGCAGCCCUCCAUUAUGCGGCUGCCGCACCAUCAUGAACUGUACCAGUCCCCAGUCACAGGACAUCUAGGUUGUUUCCUGGCAUUUCCUAUUGUAAUUAUCCCCAGUUUACAGAAAAGGACAUUGAGGCACAGAGAAGUCCCUCAUAUGUGUGAGAAGCUAAGGCACGAUCCAAGGAGAGCUGGGAAUGGCUUGGGUGCUGGGGACGGUUCCCAGCCUCACUCAGGGUGGGGCUGAGGGGCCCUGACCAGCGGGAGAGGCUUGGGUAGAAGCCCCUCGCAGAAGACACAUGACCAUAGGGUUUCCCUGGUGGUCCACUCCCAAUGCAGGGGACGCGGGUUCGAUCCCUGGUCGGGGAACUAAGAUCCCACAUGCUGUGCGCACGGCCAAAAAAAAAAAAAAAAGAAGAAGAAGGCACAUGACCUGUCAGAGGGGAGGUGGGUGGGGGCACUUGAGGAGGAAACUGCCCACCCUCUCCCAGGCCCCCAGACCCAGGCACACUGUGGGCCUGAGCACUGCCCAUCGGGCUGCCCCCCAGCCCUCUCGCUGCCGUCCUUCCUGAGCCCUCGCCGCCUGCUCCAUCCUUGCCAGCUUAUCAAUAGGUUAAGUGGUCAGGUCAGCGAUAUUGACCAUUUGAUUAGGACCUUGUCAGAUCAAUCCCUGGCUCAUCUCACGGACCUCCUCCCCUGCCCGCACACGCUCCCUGCCUCCGCGCCAGGGAGCAGGUGGCUGGGGAAGCCUCCACCCUCCCCACGCAGCCCCCCAGGACCCUUCGGGGCUCUUCAGAGCCCUCCAGCAAUUUCAGAGAAGGUGAGAGCCAGCCUCGGCCUCACCAUCUCCCGUCCUCGUCCUGCCAGGUCAGGAGCUUCGAGGGCUGUCUCCAGUUUUGCCCCGCCCCUUGCUUGCCCCACCCCUGCCUCAGGGGCCUCUGUGGGCCCCUCCUGGACCUCUGCCUAGGUGCCGGGUUCCUGCACCCCCCCCUUGCAUCCACUCUCUUGCUUGCGGUCACUAGACCUUGUUCACUCUGUCCCGUUUCCCUCGGAGUCUGGUCAGACUGAGCUGCCCCCUCUUGGAUGUGUGACCUUGGGCAAGUGAUUUCACCUCUCUGAGCCUCCAUUUCCUCAUCUGUACCGUGAGAAUGAUCCUCACCAAAGGGUUGUAAGGAUUCUUCAAGAUCAUGCCCGCAGAGCAACGAACCACACCUGGCACGCAGCUAGCACCCCGGAAACCCCGGCUGCUGUCACUAUGGGCUCCUCUGCUGAAUUUAGCUGAGCUGAUGUGUUUGUGGGAGAUGGUUGCUCUGUCCGUCUGCUCCUCAGUGGAAGUGUAUGUGGGCAGUGUGUGUGUGGGGGGGCUGAUGGGCGCUGUCAUCCUCAGGCCUGUCCCAAGCUCCAGCUCAGGGCCAUACCCUGUACUGGGUGGUGUAGGGACCCCCAGUGGAGCCAGGCUCCAGCCUACACUCCAGAAGCAGUUCUAGUGGCUUCAAGGAGAGCUGAGGGGCCAGGACCUUCUUUCCUUCCCCAGGAAACAUUGGAAUCUUCCCCUUCUGUGUGGCGCAGCUGCGGGGAACAGGGACUCCGGAGUCAGAGAAGUCAGGGUUCCAGUUCUGCUUCCGUGCCAGGUCACCACGGGCCAUCUGCUUUUGCCCUCUGUUCCCCAGAGUUCCCAUCUGUGAAAUGCGGAGAAGGCACCUUCUAAAUAGCUCCCAUUCCCAUCUUCCAGUCUCAAGGUCCUGCUGGGAAUACGGCUCCCAGCUCCCACAGGGCUUGCCUGUCCCGUGGGGAGAUGUUAGCUACUUGGGAGAGGGAUUUGUCAGGGGAAUACGGGGGUUCUGGGGCCUGGGAGAUGGCACGAGGAGGAGAAUUAGAGGCCGACGGGCCAGGGGUGGUCCUGCCUGUGGGCAUCGCAGAUGAGGGUGGCAGAGGGCAGAGACCAGGGCAGGAGGGGGGCGCUGUCUGCAGGGAGGACCCCAGCCUGAAGGCGCUGUCUGACUCCGGGCCCCUAAGAGGCCCGGGGAUUCCCCUGCCCGCCCCGCCAUCACUUACACCAAUAUUGACGGUUAAUGCCGUGUCGCCACCGUGUUCAACACUCAGCGCGGCUAAUUGUUUUGACUGGGAAUCGGCAAGGCGAUUAAACGCCAUCGAUUUUGCCCUGCGCGCUGCAUCGAUUUUUAAAUUUCCUAUUGAUCCGAGCCCUAAAUCUCCUUAACCAAGACCUCACCGUGGAGAUGACAGACGCUGAUUAGCUCCGGGGGCGGGGGGGCGGGUGGUGGGCUGCCUUCGAGUGGGGAAGAAACCCCAGCUCCUCCCUCCCCACAGGGACCGGGGGUCCGGGUCCCCUUGACCCCUGAAGAUGGAGGCCCAGGUAGAGGGGGGGGAGGGGGAGGAGUUGGGCGGACCCCUUGUUACUUUUACACCCCUUCUUUACUUUCCCAUUUGGGCUUCUCUCUGGUCUCUGCUUGCGCUCCUUCCACUCCUCCUGUCUGUCUGUCUGUGUCUCCCCAUCUCUCUUCUCUUUCCUUUCUUCCUAUCUAUCUCUAUCUGUCUAUCAUCACUCUCCCCACUGUCUCAGUCCAUCUCUUUCUCUUUCUCUUUUCUCUUCCUGGACUCCAGUCCCGCCUCCACCAAUUCCUUGUGUCCUUGGCUGGUCCCGGGCCUCAGUUUCCCCAUCUGUGCCGGCAGAUUUGCCGUGAGAUAGAAAAGUAGCCUGCCAAACGUUAAGGUCCACGCCGUCCUGCCCACUCCCCUGAGGUCUCCCGUCUGGGGAGUGCACCCACAGGGACACACAGAUAUCAGGCAGCCGUGAGCUUCCUGGCUUGGUGAGCCCACCCACAGGGCUCUCCCUCUCUGAGCCACUGCUUCUGAUGUUGCCCACCGUCCACUCAUCAGGACCCGCCUGGUGGGAAGUGUCUCCCUCUCCUCCAGUCCCUGCUCCUUCUCUGAAUGCCCACAGCAAGGGUGGUCUUUGUGUGGCUUCAAGCAGCUUUUCCAAGAAGACCACGUUCCCAGAGGGCAGGAAACAGGGUUUCAGUAGGAGGCACGAAGGCCUGAGCUUUCUAACCAGCUCCGCCCCUCACCGAGCUGUACGGGAUUCUGGGGAAGUCAGUCUCCUCAUAGCCUCGCCUGCUGCAUCUGUAAAGUGGGAAUGACAGCAGCCGUCACUCUGCCUUCCUGCAGGGCUGCAGAGAGGCUCAGCAAACACUCUUGGGAGAGGGUCUCCCCAUUUCCUGUAGACCUCUCCGUCCUCCCCAUCUUCUACAUAGCAUGCAGUGGGACCUUUCUGAAGACAAACUGCAUCAUCUCCCUCCCCCGCAGCUGCUUGGACCAGGCCCUGCUGGGUGCAGCCCCUGCCAUCUCUGCAGCCUCAUCUUUCCCAUGUCUCUCGCUGAGCCCUGCGUGACCAAAGGCCUGAUAUUCUCUUUCCUCCCAUGCGGCCCCUCCACCUGGCUAAAGUGGAUUCGUCCGCCAGGCUUGGCUCGGGGGUUGCAUCCUCCCUGGGUCUCCCCUGACCUCCCCUGGGAUUCCCACUGCAUCCUCUGCUUACCCCAGUGUGUGGACAUCAGUUCUUUAUUCAGUCGCCCCAGCUUGCCUUCGAGCUCCCGGUAGACAGGGCAGAGACCUUGUCUAAUCCAUCUCCGUACCUCCCACGCUUGGUCCGGAGCCCAGCUCAGAUGAGCCUCAGUAUUUGCUGGUUAACCAAAUGAAUAAAUGAGUGAACAAAUAUACCAGUUAGAAACAUCAUCAUGACUUUUGUGUCCGUCUCCCCACAGCACACAGGCACCUAAUAAUGAAGAACCCUUUCACACUUCUUUCUCAUUUGACCCUCCCUGCAGUCCUUUGAGAUACAUAGUUUGUCAAUUCAUUAAUCCCUCCAUCCAUCCAUCCAUUCACUCAAUCAUCCAUCAUGUACUUAAUGGGCGCCCCACGUUUGCCAGGCCCUCUGUCAAAGGCUAAAGGUGUAAGACGCAGUCCCUGCCCUUUAAGGAGCUUCCAGUCUGCUGGGAAAAACAGAUGUUCUACAAGAGAAGGCAUCCGUUAUCCCCAUUCAUAAGAUGGCGACACUGAGACUUAGAGCCCAGAAAUGAAGGUUCUCUACUGGACCGGGUUGGUGGCUUGAAUGUAUUAGCUUCGCUGCUUCUGCCCAAGAGAAAUAAGAAUGUCUAAGCCCUUGGAGGCCGAGAAGCAAGGUCUGGACUCCCCGUCAGAGCACACAGACACGGAAAGAAAUGGACCAGACACUAACCAUCAGAACCCCCAGAAUAAGACCUCCCCGUUCUCUGUGUCCCCGACUGGCCCCAGCACCAAGAUCAAGGCUGAAGACCCCAGCAGUGACUCAGCCCCAGCGGCACCCCUGCCCCCCCAGCCGGUUCAGCCGCAUCUGCCCCAGGCCCAACUCAUGUUGACGGGCAGCCAGCUAGCCGGGCUCACGGCGCUGAUGCCAGCCCAGCAGCAACUCCUCCUGCAGCAAGCGCAGGCCCAGCUCCUGGCCGCCGCGGCCGCCGCCGCCUCCUCCUCCUCCUCCUCCUCUUCCUCCUCCUCCUCGACCUCGCAGCCCCCAGCCUCCUCCGGGGGAGGCGACCUGCCGCCACCACAGCCUGCCAGCCAGCCCCCCGGGACCCCACAGCUCACCCUGUCCCAACCCAUCCAGCUCACAGCACAGGACAUCCAGCAGCUCCUCCAGCUGCAGCAGCUGGUGCUUGUGCCGGGUCACCACCUCCAGCCACCUGCUCAGUUCCUGCUGCCGCAGGCCCAGCAGAGUCAGCCAGGCCUGCUACCGACGCCAAAUCUAUUCCAGCUACCUCAGCAAACCCAGGGAGCUCUUCUGACCUCCCAGCCCCGGGCAGGGCUGCCCACACAGGCCGUGACCCGCCCCACGCUGCCCGACCCGCACCUCUCGCACCCGCAGCCCCCCAAAUGCUUGGAGCCACCAUCCCAUCCCGAGGAGCCCAGUGACCUGGAGGAGCUGGAGCAGUUCGCUCGCACCUUCAAGCAACGCCGCAUCAAGCUGGGCUUCACGCAGGGUGACGUGGGUCUGGCCAUGGGCAAGCUCUACGGCAACGACUUCAGCCAGACGACCAUCUCCCGCUUCGAGGCCCUCAACCUGAGCUUCAAGAACAUGUGCAAACUCAAGCCUCUCCUGGAGAAGUGGCUCAACGACGCAGAGACUAUGUCUGUGGACUCAAGCCUGCCCAGUCCCAACCAGCUGAGCAGUCCCAGCCUGGGUUUCGACGGGCUCCCCGGCCGGAGACGCAAGAAGAGGACCAGCAUCGAGACAAACGUCCGCUUCGCCUUAGAGAAGAGUUUUCUAGCGAACCAGAAGCCUACCUCAGAGGAGAUCCUGCUGAUCGCAGAGCAGCUGCACAUGGAGAAGGAGGUGAUCCGCGUCUGGUUCUGCAACCGGCGCCAGAAGGAAAAACGCAUCAACCCCUGCAGCGCGGCCCCCAUGCUGCCCAGCCCGGGCAAGCCAGCCAGCUACAGCCCCCAUCUGGUCACGCCCCAAGGGGGCACCGGGACCCUGCCGUUGUCCCAAGCUUCCAGCAGUCUGAGCACAACAGUUACUACCUUAUCCUCAGCUGUGGGGACCCUCCACCCCAGCCGGACAGCUGGAGGGGGUGGGGCCGGGGGCGGGGCCGCGCCCCCCCUCAAUUCCAUCCCCUCUGUCACUCCCCCACCCCCGGCCACCACCAACAGCACAAAUCCCAGCCCUCAAGGCAGCCACUCGGCUAUCGGCUUGUCGGGCCUGAACCCCAGCACGGGAAGCACAAUGGUGGGGUUGAGCUCCGGGCUGAGUCCAGCCCUCAUGAGCAACAACCCUUUGGCCACUAUCCAAGCCCUGGCCUCUGGUGGAACCCUGCCCCUUACCAGCCUUGACAGCAGCGGGAACCUGGUGCUGGGGGCGGCUGGCGCGGCCCCAGGGAGUCCGGGCCUGGUGACCUCGUCACUCUUCUUGAACCACGCCGGGCUGCCCCUGCUCAGCGCCCCGCCUGGUGUGGGCCUGGUCUCGGCAGCCGCGGCAGCCGUGGCGGCCUCCAUCUCCAGCAAGUCUCCUGGCCUCUCCUCGUCCUCGUCCUCGUCCUCGUCGUCCUCCUCCACUUGCAGUGAGGCGGCAGCACAGACCCCUGGAGGCCCAGGGGGGCCCGAGGUAGGGUCCAAGCCUGAGUGAGGGCCCGCCACGCCUCCCCUCCUCCUCCUCUGACCCCCGCCUCCGUCCCCCACCUGGGAAGAGGGCGAGGAGGCCAUUGGUGGGGAUGCAGAGGGUCCUCGGAGCAGGAGUGACGAGGGAGGAAAGACCAAAAAACAAGAAACAAAAAAACAACCAACCAAAAAGAAAGAAAGAAAGAAAAGAAAAGAAAGAAAGAAAAGAAAGCAACCAACAGAAAAAAGAAAACCAAAAAUAAUCACAAAGAAACCAGCUGCCCCAAAGGAACAAGAGGUGAAAAACAAACAUUAAAAAAAAAAAAAGAAAACCAAAAACAAACAAAAAAUCCCUCACCAAACCGAACAAACCAAAAACCAGUCUCGAGCCAGACCUCAGUGUGCUCACCCUCACUGCUACGACACCAAAUAAGAACCCCAGCCAGGGGCGGAGAAGCCUCGGCGGGGCGGACACGCGGGCCCCUGGCUGCGGGGCGAAGCCUCCCGCUGCGUGUGGCGUGGGCAGAGAAGGAAAAAGAGAAUGUACCAGCCUCCCAGCCGCAGCCCUCAGUCCUGGGCCAGCCAAGGCAGGGAGGGUACAGCCUGGGGCUGAUGGGGUGGGCUCAGAACCACCCGCCAAAUAUUCCUUUCCAGAAGGUGAAAGAGAAAGGGCCUGAACAACUUUACACCAAAUAUUCAGUAGCUUCAUCCAAAGGAUGUACAGAAUUUUUAGCGUUGUGCUCAACAGAAUGUGUCCCUGUCAUGUGUCCCCCCUCUCGCCCGGCCCCCAGCUCUCCCUGCCCGGGCAGGGGGGUCUCACUUUAACCUCCUCCCUACCCCAGCCAGGGGAGAGUUCAGGGGAAGGCCUGGGCUGACUUUUCACCCCUUGUACCUCCCCCUUUUUCCCUUUGAAGGGUGGGCUAGGCCGUUUUGCCAAGUUCUAGCUCUCACAUGUCCCCCCUCAACCCUGUCACCCUCCUCUGCUCUGGAAUCUCCCCCCCAUCCCUAGUCCGAGGGAAGGUGGAAGCUUCAGGCAAGAGACGAUGAGGUGAGGGCUUUCAAGUUGUCUUUUUUUCCAUCCUCGUCUGUCAGUUUCCCUGAAAAAAAAAAAAAAUUCAUAUUCCAGUGCCUAUCCGUGGGAUCCUUCACGUUCUUUGACAUUGACCAGAAACCAAAAAGAGAACUCACCUCGCUCUUCCCACCCUGUGCCCCUCUGAUACUGGCAGAUGCCUCUUCCUCUCCCCUCACACACAUGCACACACGCACGCACCCCAGUGGUGGGGUUCCUCGAGAUGGCGUCCCCAUCAGGGUCCGUGUGGCAGGGACAGUGCCGUGACCUGUGGCCCCCAUCCGAGAGGGCGCUGUGGUGGCCACCACUCCCACAAGACCUCCCUCAAGUCUUGGCUGGACCCUGUGUUUGCCCAGCCCUGGACACAUCUCGACGGACAGAGGAGAGACGCUGCUGGGAGCCACGUUGCCCUCCUGCUGUUUUGGAGGCCAACAAAGUUCUGAACCAAAAAAAACAAAAACAAAAAACCAAACAAUAAAUUAAAACUAGAAAAAAAAAGAAUUUAUAGAUAUAUAUAUAUUUAAGGGAAAGAAGACGAGGACUCUUCAAAGGAUACGAAGGAGCCGCGAGGGGGAGCCAAGCCCCUGCACCAGUGGUCCAGGCCCUUGGUCCCCGAGGCGGAUGGAAGGA